AUGUCAAUCCGGCUUCCACACGAUCUUGAGAUUGAAAUCCUGGUAAGACUACCCGCCGUGAAAUCGCUUUUACGAUUUCAAUGUGUUUGUAAAUCAUGGAAAUCCUUGAUAUCUAGUCCUACAUUUAUUUCCAUGCACGUCCAACACGGUGAGAGCGCCGACAAUUACACCCACCUUUUACAUUGUGAAGGAUAUAAAGACUACCAAUUACUCUAUACGGAUGCUUCAUUUAGUGAGUUUCAAGAACUUGCAUAUCCAUGCCAAAUGAGAGGCAUAAAUUAUGAAGUCCUUGAUUGCAGGGGAUUAAUACUUUUUGUUACGACUAGUCGUCCAACUUAUGGAGCCGGCCAUGAUUAUUUGGAGUCCCAACUAAUUCUUUGGAACCCUGCAAUUAGAAUGUCUAUGACUCUCCCUCAAGCUGGCAUUGAUGUACCCAACAGCAACAAAUACUAUGCUUACGGGUUCGGUUUUGACCAUACAAGUAAUGAUUACAAGGUGCUGAGAAUGGUGUUCGGUAGAUACAAACCGUUUCCGCCUCAAGCCCAACUUUAUAAACUCCACACAGGCGCUUGGGAGACUUUCCGGGUUGCCGAUGAUUUUCAGUAUGCUAUAGCUGCGAGCCCACAAGCUUUAGUGAAUGGGGCAAGCCACUGGAUUGGAUAUCAUUCAAAUUUUAUAGAGUCCGAAUAUCCUGAUGAAUUGGCCAUGGUGAUUGUGUUGUUUGAUAUGUGUGAUGAGGAACUCCGAGUGAUGAAGCUUCCGGAUAGAUUAACUUAUUUGGACGCAAAUAGUACUGCUCGUAUUGGGAUUUCUGGUGGAUUGCUUUGUUUAAUGGAGCACAAGCCACGCAAAAAUGCUUAUUGGAACUGGAACUGGAACAUUUGGUUGAUGGAGGAAUAUGGCAUAGUAGAGUCUUGGACUAAACAAUUUACUAUUGAUUUAAAUGGUUAUUACUUGUUCAGUUUUAAGAACAACGAAAAGAUUUUAGGGGAAAGGAGAGAAGAGCUGGUCUUCUAUGAUCCCAAGACCGAUAGAUUCAUUAAUCUGGGGGGAAUUAAAGCUAAAGGAACUGUUUUUGCCGCGAAUGCUUUCGUUGAAAGUCUUGUUUUACUCAAUGGAUCGGAGUAA